UCACAAUUAAAAUGAAAAUAGAGAAAAAAAUGUCUCUGUCAUUCGACCAGCCCUCCGCUCUAGUCCUAAUCGACAACCAAACCAGCUUCAACCACCCCAAAUUCCCAAGCUCGUCUCGCUCCAAUCCCUCAUACGAAGCCAAUCUAACCACCCUUCUCGCCGCAUUCCGCUCCGCUCGCCAACGUCUAACCCCUGGACGUAUCCACAUCAUCCACAUCUUCCACUCAUCUCUCGAGACUGACAGUUCCUUCCACCCUUCUGCUGCCCCCAAACCCUUCGACUUCGCGACUCCAGCAGCCGAUGGCUCUGAGCUCGUGAUGUGGAAGUGUGUCAACUCAUCCUUCAUCGGGACCAGCCUCGAAUCCUAUCUUCGCAAGAACGGCAUUCGACAAGUCUUUUUCGCUGGCCUGACAACCGACCAGUGUGUAUCGACCACGGUGCGUAUGGCGGCGAAUCUCGGGGUAGUUGAUAAUUUUCCCGAUGGACGGCCGGUGACGGUCAACUCGGAUGGGUCACAUCCGCCAAAUGUCGAUAUUGACCACGGCCGCAUUGUGCUGGUGUCGGAUGCAACGGCGACUUUUGCAAAGGGGGGGUUUGAUGCGGAGACUGUGCAUGGGGUGUCGGUAGCGAGUGUGGAGGGGGAGUUUGCGGAGGUUUUUAGUACACAGGAGAUUGCCAAGGCAUUGGUUUGAAAGAAUAUCAAAAA